GAAAUAAAUAAGGAAAAAGGCACUACUUGGCAUAAAUAUUCAAAUGUAAGGGCCAAUAGUGUAAAAAUAAAUAAUCCAUAAAUAGGACCAGGAAGUUAUAAUGUUAUAAAUAAAUAAAUGCCUUAAUAUAAGAAAAAAGAAAUGAAUGGAUUUGCCUCUAAAUCUUUAAGGACUUUAGAAGUUAGAAAAGGAGCAAUUUCGAAUGAGUUUUAUAAAUAAAAAUUAGUCCAAAGUUCAUAAAGUUAAAGCAGAUUUUCGAAUAAUUAAGAAACAUCACUUGGGGAAGGAGAUAAAUAAGACGAAGAAGAUUUUGAUUCAGAAAAUGAUUUUGAAUAUGUCGAAGAUAGUACACCAGGACCUGGUUAUUAUUAUGAUGAUAAAAAAUUAUCUUCUUUUAAAUUCGGAAAAAAUAAAAAUAAAAAAUUUACAAUAGGUAGAAAUAGAUUCAUGAUUAAUAAAAAUGACAUAAAUCUAAUAGGACCAGGUUAAUAUAAUCCUUAAUUAUCAGGACUUGUUGGAUAAAAUCCUCAUGCAAUAAAAUGCAGAAAUCCUCCGUUUUUAUCAUCUGAUACUAGAUUUGAGAUUAAAAAAUAAGAAAAUAAAAUGCCUGGACCUGGUUAAUAUGAUAUAAAUUAGAAUUUAGAAGAUAAAUUAAUUGAUAAAUUAAAAAAAGGGUAUAGAGGUAGUUUUGGAACAACACAAAAAAGGUUUAAAGGCUAAAAUGAUAUAAAUGAAUUUCCAGGACCUGGUGCUUAUAUAGAAAUUAUAAAAGAAGAAUCUGAAUAAGAUGUUAAAAGUCCUUCUGCUGUAUUUUAAUCUUCAUUAGAUAGAUGUCUUUAUGGUUAAUAAAAAGACUAGAAACCUCCUGUAGGGACAUAUGAAGUUAACUUUUUUGAUAUCUAAAAGAAAGUUAAUAGCAUAUAAGAAGAUCCUUAUAUUAAAAUUAAAGUGGCUAAUUUAGGUUUUAAUACUAGUUAGCCAAGAUUUAAGGACUUAGAAUUAAAACAAAAUAAAAAAAUUAAUGAUGGAGAAAAUGAAGAUGAUGAUCUUUAUAACGAUUUUGUUGAUUAUGAUAAUAUAAGAAAAAAUUUUAAAAAUCCAUAUAAAAAGGCAAAUAGAUUUAAUUAUAAAAUUAAUUAAGAAUACCCUGCUCCAGGUAAUUAUCACGAUCCAUAGGCUUUAGCAAACAAUUGGAAUAAAAGAACAUAUAAUAUAAAUUUUGCGGAUUUUUGA